CAUCAACGGGCUUUGCUAGUACUAGCCAGAGUGUUAGUAUGUCGUGGCUACCCCAUCGCAUCGUCCAUCGGCCUUACUGCUCCCUCCUUGGUACCUUUGUCCUUUGGAAAGCUUUCCUGCUUCUCCUGGCCGUGCUCGCUCCCGGCCCCGGGUAUGACACCUCUACGACCUUGGCUCAAUGGAGCAGCAGUGGUCCUGAUGGACCCAUUCCCGCCCUUUUGAGACGGAUAUCCAUCAAGUUGACCCGAUGGGACGCCAUAUACUUUACCGAAGCCGCAAGACGGGGCUAUCUGUUUGAGCAAGAAUGGGCGUUCAGCUAUGCUGUCAACAGACUCAUCAAUUUCGUGACCAAUGGCGUGCAGCAUAUAUGCGCUUUUGAUUAUGAAUUCGGGGAAAGCCUGGUCAGCAUCGCUGUAUCUCAUGGGGCUCAUGCCAUGUCGGUAUUGUUUCUCCACCGUCUGGCAUGCACCAUACUCCCCGGGAUGCAGGGCCGCAGGCUGGCCUUCAUUGCAGCAUGCUUACAUAUAAUCUCGCCUGCCGGGUUGUUUAUGUCGGCUCCCAAUGCAGAGAGCAUAUAUUCUCUCCUGAGCUUCACGGGCGCUCUUCUAUUUGCCCAAAGUUUCGGUUCGUCGGGCGGUUCAACAGGUACCCAAGAUGGUCUGCUGGUGCUGGCUGGCAUUGUGUGUGGAUUAGCGACGAGUGUUCGCGGUAAUGGCCUUCUUAAUGGCCUUCUCUUUCUUGAGGAAGCCUUUGGGAUUUCUUAUUCGUUGACACAAUGUUUCACGUUCGACAAGUUUCGCCGUCUAUUUGCGGUUAGUCUUGGGGGUAUAUGCACGGGGCUUGGAUUUGUGCUCCCGCAAUACCUUGCUUACCGGGAGUUCUGCGUCGACUACACAUCUACUCAUGUAGGUGCACCACGAGUCUGGUGCAAUCGAGCUCUUCCCAGUAUCUACAGCUUUGUGCAAGAUCAUUAUUGGAAUAACGGGUUUCUUCGAUAUUGGACUUUGUCUAAUGUGCCCUUAUUUGCAUUGGCUAGUCCCAUGCUAGUGAUCUUAACAUAUUCUGCUUUUUGGUCUCUUGAUGCCGAGUCAGAUUUGAAUAGGACGUCAAUGGCUCUAAAAGAGCAAGUUGAAUCCCGGCCGCAACUGGCAGGUCGCCUGCUGCGUAGUCUCGCAGCAUCCCAGAUCAUCCUUACCGUUCAGGUAUUUCUCUGCAAUCAUGUUCAGAUCAUCACGCGCCUGUCUUCAGGCUAUCCCGUGUGGUAUAUCUGGGUUGCAGCUUUGCUGGUCAGAAAGUACCCGGUGGGGACCUCGAGAGAUGAGCAGACCCGGGAUAAGGGUAAGGACUGGUACGCAAAUGCAAUUGUCCAGUAUAUGGUGAUAUAUGGCAUUGUUCAGGGCGCGCUCUUUGCGUCUUUCCUGCCACCAGCCUGAGAAUGUGUGUUGUACCAGGCGAGUGAUCUAA